GCCGCUGGAACGAUCGACGAUGAAAUCCUUCCAUCGCUUCGCGUCGCAGCAUGGGGACUUUAUCCAUGAUAUGAGCUUUGACUUCUACGGAAAACGUCUCGCAACCUGCUCCUCCGACCGCAAAAUCAAGAUUUGGGAAAUCAUCGAUGGGCAAUGGCAGCUGCAAUAUGAAUGGACGGCACACCAAGCCAGCGUGUGGAAAGUCGCGUGGGGUCAUCCCGAGUUUGGCCAGAUUGUCGCGUCCUGUUCCUUCGACCGUACCGUGAUCGUCUGGGAAGAGUCGUUGUCGAAACCACCGUCGGCGGCGCCGCUCCCCCCGCAUGGCUCGAUGUCACUCUCCCAUCAUCCGUCCGACUCUGGUCCAUCGCAGUCCCAGCCGUGGACACUCCAAGCUCAAUUGACCGAUUCCCGUGAAUCCGUCCACGACGUCAAGUUCGCGCCGCGGCAUUUGGGUCUUCGAUUGGCCACUGCGUCUGCCGACGGGUACAUCCGCAUGUACGAAGCGGCGAAUCCAAUGAACUUGUCGGAAUGGACCCUUCCUGAAAACUUUUUGGCGGACGCAGAGGGUGCCACGUGUCUGUCGUGGAAUUCGAGUCGGUUCGACAUCCCCAUGUUGCUGGUGGGGGGCAACUCCAAGACGGCCAAAGUGUGGGGGUUCACUGUGGAGAAACAGUGGCACGUCAUCGCAGAACUCGCGGGGCACUCGGACGUCAUUCACGACGUCGCAUGGGCGCCCAACCUUGGCCGGUCGUGCCAUUGGCUCGCUACGGCCAGCAAAGACCGCACGAUUCGCAUUUGGAAGCUCAAGAUCAACCCGAACCGUCAAGAGCAGAGCGAGGUGGUUCAAGUGACCACGAAAGACCAUGGCGCGUUCGAGGUGUGGCGAGUGCAGUGGAAUGUGACGGGGACCAUGUUGGCGUCCACGGGGGACGACGGCACAGUGCGCAUGUGGCAACAAGACUACAAGCAUCAGUGGCAAUGUGUACACGCCGUGAGCGGAGACUUGGCCUAGAUAUAGUAAACCCAAGAGACCUUGUUAUAAGAACCCUUGUCACGACGACUUGGUUAUCCCAUCCUACUGAA